CCCACUGUCUCUUUUCAGUUUUCAAACCCAUACAGAACUCUCUCUCUCUCUCUCUCUGCCAUUUUUCUUCUCUAAAAAUCAAAAAAAGACAGAGAGAAAUAGACAGAGAGAGAGAGGGAAAGCCAAGCCAGCUCAUAUGACGGCGCCGUAGAGAGAGAGAGACAGAGAGAGAUGCUCGCGUACAACAGGCUACCGAGCAGCGGGCACAGUACGCCGUCGCCACCAGCGUCGCCGCUUCGGUCGCCGCGGUACCGCAGGUCGAAGGCGGGGCGGUUCGGGCCAGCCCAGCUGCAUCCGGGUCGGACCCUGGCACAGCGCUUGGCGUGGCUGCUACUCUCUGUGCUCCUCCGGCGUCAGGGCAUCUUCCUCUUCGCCCCUCUCAUCUACAUCUCCGGCAUGCUUCUCUACAUGGGCUCCGUCUCCUUCGACGUCGUUCCGGUCAUAUCCCACCGCCCCGCCCCCGGCUCCGUCUACCGGAGCCCUCAGCUUUACGAAAAGCUCCGACCCGAUAUGGACUCGGAUAACUCCUCCGCUGGUGCGAUAUCAACCAUAUGGCAACACUCUUAUAAAAGUGGUGAGUGGAGACCAUGCACUAACAAGUCUUCAGGAGGUUUGCCUGAUACAAAUGGUUACAUAUAUGUUGAGGCAAAUGGUGGUCUGAAUCAGCAGAGGACAUCGAUAUGCAAUGCUGUUGCUGUGGCGGGCUACCUUAAUGCAACCCUUGUAAUCCCCAAUUUUCAUUUUCAUAGCAUUUGGAGAGAUCCUAGCAAAUUCAGAGACAUUUAUGACGAAGAUUAUUUCGUCAGUACCUUGGAAAAUGAUGUAAGAGUGGUUAACAAGAUACCUGACUAUAUUAUGGAACGAUUUGACAAGAACAUGAGCAAUGUUUACAACUUCAGAAUAAAGGCAUGGUCAACCAUUCAGUAUUAUAGGGAUGCAGUCCUCCCAAGGCUACUUGAAGAAAUGGUCAUAAGGAUUUCUCCUUUUGCAAACCGAUUGUCAUUUGAUGCUCCUCCAGCUGUCCAACGGCUUAGAUGCUUGGCAAAUUAUGAAGCUCUAAGGUUUUCAAGUCCUAUAUUAACACUGGGAGAAACUUUGGUUGCAAGAAUGAAAGAGCGGAGUGCAAAUAAUGGUGGCAAAUACAUUUCUGUGCAUCUUCGCUUUGAGGAGGAUAUGGUUGCUUUCUCUUGCUGCAUAUAUGAUGGUGGGGAGCAAGAAAAGGCAGCCAUGGUAGCAGCAAGAGAAAGAGGUUGGAAAGGAAAAUUUACAAAACCUGGUCGAGUUAUACGUCCUGGAGCAAUCAGGAUCAAUGGCAAAUGUCCCCUUACUCCUUUAGAGGUAGGCUUGAUGCUUAGGGGAAUGGGAUUUGAUAGAAGCACAUAUAUCUAUUUGGCAUCUGGAAAGAUAUACGAUGCUGAAAGAAAUAUGGCCCCGCUAUUGGAGAUGUUCCCCAAUUUGCAGACGAAACAGAUGCUUGCCUCAAAUGAGGAACUUUCUCCAUUUAAGAAUUAUUCUUCCAGGAUGGCUGCUAUAGACUAUACUGUUUGUCUUCAUAGUGAGGCUUUCGUGACAACUCAAGGUGGAAACUUUCCUCAUUUUCUGAUGGGCCACCGGAGAUACUUGUAUGGUGGACACUCGAAGACAAUCAGGCCUGACAAGCGAAAGCUAGCGUUACUGUUUGAUAAUCCCAAUAUUGGAUGGAAAAGUUUCAAGCGCCAAAUGUUGAAUAUGCGGUCUCAUAGUGAUUCCAAGGGGUUUGAGCUUAAAAGGCCCAAUGACUCGAUAUAUACCUUUCCAUGCCCAGAUUGCAUGUGCCAUUCGAACAAAUCAGAAGAUUCAAGAUCAUCAUCCGCCACGUGAUCUGCUAGGAUAGACUUUUUUGAUGGGUGUUUCUCAUACCUGUAACUUUCUGAGCACAUCUUGCCGCUGACCCCAUUUUCCUAUGUUGCAAUUCUUUCAUUUUUUUCCCCUUUCCAUCCGGCAAGAGGGCGUAUACUUCAAUUUUGGGUCGGUCACAUUGAUCCGAUAAUUUCCCGGGAUUGCUUUGUUGGGGUGACUGCAUCUUUUGUAUAUGAUAGCAGAGGAGAACAUAGAAAGGAGAUUCUUUCCAUUGCAGGCAGGAGUUAUCCCAAUCACAGUUACUUCCCAGGCAUAUAUAGACUCUGAGCAUUGGUUCAUAUCUGUUUGAUAUCUGAAGUUUCAGCUGCUGUAUCUAACAAGCUGCAAAUUUGACGUAUCAUCACAUUCCUUCAUUCCCUGGUUUUGGGGGCGUUUUUUGUACAUUAUUUGGGGUUUGAUCUGCUGCACGUGUAAGACCUUUAGACAGGUUAAACUUUGUGUACAUUUGUCAGAAAUCAGGGUGUUGAUUCUUUUUGUUACGGAAGUUGUAGCUCUUCCCUUCUUCUUUGGGCCCCUCUAUUUGAGGGAUUCUUCCAUUUUGUCAGAUCUUCAUUCUUUUUUUUUUUUUUGUGUAAGGUCACAACACAAAUGUCAAAUGUAUCUCAUCUUACUUUCUGUGA